CCAAUCGAAGUGUGCAGGUCGGCACAAACGCUUCUCAUUGGCCUAAACGAAAGGAAAAAACAGCCAAUCACAGGGGUUCUUUUUCGCGCCCAGAGAAGACUAUAAGGCCCAAGCUCUUGCGGUUCUCAUGCACCCAGUUGGUAACGGCUACUGUGUGUUCACCAUGUCUGGACGCGGCAAGCAGGGCGGCAAGGCUCGCGCCAAGGCCAAGACCCGCUCGUCCCGCGCCGGCCUGCAGUUCCCCGUGGGCCGCGUGCACCGGCUCCUCCGCAAGGGCAACUACUCGGAGCGGGUGGGCGCCGGCGCCCCGGUCUACCUGGCGGCCGUGCUGGAGUACCUGACGGCCGAGAUCCUGGAGCUGGCUGGCAACGCGGCCCGCGACAACAAGAAGACGCGCAUCAUCCCGCGCCACCUGCAGCUGGCCAUCCGCAACGACGAGGAGCUCAACAAGCUGCUGGGCCGCGUGACCAUCGCGCAGGGCGGCGUCCUGCCCAACAUCCAGGCGGUGCUGCUGCCCAAGAAGACCGAGAGCCACCACAAGGCCAAGGGAAAAUGAGGCAUUUGACCAAAGCCACUUAAAAAACAGA